GCCACUCCGACCCUGGAGGGAGGCGGAUUCGGGACCGACCGAGAGCGCACGGAGCUUACCUGCACCGGGGAAGCGCCUAGAGCACUCGGAAGCGGAAGUCUCCUCUGGCUUCUCUAUGAUCAGGUCUGCGCGCGAGGACCCGGAAGCCGAGUAUGAGCUCCCGGAUGUGGCCCCCUCUAGCGUUCUCGAGUCGCAUCGGGAGGCGGUGGUGACCGAGAUGCUGAAGGCAAAUGUAAGUGAGCGAUGGUCCCUGGACGAUGGUAGCGCCUCCGAGCACUGGUUCGAGGAGGAGUUGGAGGAGGAGUCGGAGGAGUCGGGGUCGGAGUUGGAGUCGGAGUCGGAGCAAGAGAAAGAACAGGAGAAGAAGCAAGAGGAGCAGGAGGAGAAGGAGCAGGAGAAGGAGCAGGAGGAGCAGAAGCGUCCCAAAGGUUUCCAGAUUAAGAAGCCAGAAUGCAAAAAUAUAAUGGAUUUGUUCAAAGUCAAAAAACUGGGGCUGUACGAGCUCACCGUGGACAUCAUAGUGAUGAUCCGAGUGUGUAAAAUAUUCCGUGAAGGCCUCGGGGGAUUCCGGGAGUUUCAGAUCAUUGCUUCUGCUCAGAGAAAGCAUCCUACCUUCUCUGUCUGGGAUAAAAAGAAGCAAAGCCGAAUCACAUUUGAUACCAUGGACUUCGUUGCAGAGGAGGACCACUUCCCUCCAAGGGCUAUAAAGAUCAUGCAGAAGAAGCCUUCCUGGAGGACAGAGCACGAGAUCCAGGCCCUCUGUAGCAUCUUGCAGGUUCUAGAUAGCUACCGGAACUACGAGGAGCCAAUGCAGCUGCUCCUGGCCAAAGUCAUGCGCUUUGAACGGUUUGGUCGCAGGCGUGUGAUCGUCAAGAAGGGGGUGAGGAGCAACAGCUUUUAUUUCAUCUAUCUGGGCACAGUCGCAGUGACCGAGGAUGACGAUGGGAGCAGUGCCUUCCUGGAUCCCUAUCCGAUAUUGCUGCACAGGGGUGGCUGUUUUGGGGAAAUGGGCCUUCAGAGUGCUUCAAUAAGGAGGACCACCGUGGUCUGUAUGGAGGAAACAGAGUUCUUGGUUGUUGACCGGGAGGAUGUCCUUGCGAAUAAGCUGGACCAGGAAGUUCAGAAGGAAGCUCAGCAUCGGUUUGAAUUUUUUAGGAAGAUGGAUCUGUUUGCACUGUGGUCUGAUGAGAAGCUCUGGCAGCUCGUAGUCCUGGGGAAGACAGAGAAAUUCUCCUACGGGCAGUUGAUCUCAAAAGACAUUGUUAAGUCAUCUUUCAUCAUGUUUGUCUGCAAGGGCACCUGUGAAGUCCUGAGGCUGCUAGACCUGGGGGAGUCCCCUUCCUACCUCAAGUGGGUCUGGCAGCACCUGGAGCUGGUAGACGACCGGCCUCUGAGGCGCCGCUUCAAUGAACCCUCUCCUAGGGAGAGAUUUAAGGAAUUCCAGAUCAAAUCAUAUCCUCUACAGGACUUCAGCUAUUUGAAACUUCUGCAUCUCCAGAAAGCCUGGGAGCAAGAGGGGACAAGCGUCAGUGGGACAAUCAAAACCUCAGGAAAUAGCCUCCCAAAGCUCUUGGGCCCAAAGAUCAAAUCCAAGCAUGCUCAUUCGAUCAAAUGUCCCAUGAUCAGUACCAAGUUUGGUGAGCUCCCCAAGGAGGCUGUGGUGGGGGCCUACAUGAAGAUCCACACUGUGGAGCAAGGAGAAAUCAUAGGCUUUCACCCGCUCUUCCUCCAGGACGACCAGGGCGACACACGGCCCUUAAUCCUCAUGAGCCUGGGAGCUGAGGUGAUACGGAUGAGGAGAGACAACUUUUAUGAACUGAUUGAUGAUAAGAUAAAAGAGAAUUUGUCCAAGUCCAAGAUUGAGUACCCCAGUGAUGAACAAAUGAGCCAGGAGUUCCUCAAGGAGAACAGCUGGAAUAUCUUUCGGAAGGACCUGUUCCGGCUGCUAAUGGAGUCUCGCCAGAGUCCACUGUUCACCCCAAUCUGGAGCAGGAGGAAAGGGAUCUACAACCCCAAGUGCCUGGUCCUGGAUUUGUGUAGCAUCAACAAGAAGACUAAACCUCAUCAUCCUGUUUUUAUGGCACCCCGGAAAUACCUCCCGCCACUGAGGAUUGUCCAGGCCAUCUCAGCACCCAGGUACAAAAUCCAGGAAUUCCUGCCUCAGUAGAAGAACGUGGGGUUCCCUGUUUAGAACCAAUAAAGGAUGUUGGA